AUGUCGCAAGUAAUGCUAGUUAGGCUCCGCCUGAACACCAGCGACAUACAUAGCUGUCUUGGAAUGUUCGACUCCGUCUUUGGCGUGCAACCCACGCUCCGAGACCUCGGCCCCAAUCCAGUCGUCAUCGUCCCCCUCGGCUCGAUCGAGCUGGAGCUAAUUCAACGAGGCCAACCGAAUCAGGGAUCCGGCACCUGGCUGUUCGUGGUGGUGCGAGACCUCGCCGCCGUACGCCAGCGGCUUGCGGAGACGGAUAUGAGGAUAUUGUUUGGAGAGGAACAAGGUACGCGUGAGGUGAUGUUUAGGGACCGGGACGGACGUGGCUGGUGGGUGCAGCAGGAUGAUGGCCAUAACCGGGAGGAUAUGCCUCGUCACAUGGAUUUGCCUAAUGGAGUCAAUGGGCACUAG